ACGCGCUCUGAAGAUGACAGCAUCUGUACAAUACAUCAGAAAACUGUUGGGAAAGGGCAGCUGCGCGACAAAUAACUUGUUUAACACUGGACACAAAACACAGAAGAGCACGAAUGACCACAAAGCAACCAAAAACAAAGAUGAAAGUCAUACACGAAACAUACAGCAGCCCAGAGACAAUAGAGAGCAUUGCAUAUGGAAAAGUGUCAUUUUAAGAAGAAAAGAAAAUGAAACUUUUGGGUUUGACAUCCAGACAAGCAGUGAUGAGGGGACGGUCAGCUCAGAGCAGGAUUUGGGCGCAUGUGUGUGUUGGGUGAAAGAGAACAGUAUCGCAGAGAGUUGUGGGUUAAUAAAAGGUGAUGCUAUUGUCACAGUCAACAGUGUGCACACCGCAGGAUUCACUUGUCAGCAGAUCAAGGAUCUGAUUCAAAAGUCCUGCCUCUUAAAGAUGGAGUUUAUCAGGGGUGCUACAGUAAAACAUAGACAACUGUUUGGGAAGCUGUAUCUCCUGCAGCGACAGCUUACAGAGAAACAUGAAGAGCUUCAGACACUUAUCACACAGGAAGUGCGUCUGCAAGGAGGUGCCACGGAAGGCAUCCAGAAACCCCCUAACAUCCUACAGGAUCCCCUGAUACCCUCUGCUGAUGGUACUGAUUGAUAAGGAGACAGCUAGAGUGGCAGAACUAUCCUUUUCAGACUUGAAAAUGGAACUUGUGGGAGACCAGCAAGAAGAAUCAAGGUCCCCACUAGAGAUCUUUUCACAAAAGGAACUCAACCUUUCUUAAAACUCUGUGCUACAGUCCAACCCUUAAAGAGAAAAAUUUGUUUCUGGGUUGUACAGUACUUUUAAAUAGGCUUACUUUUAAAUGUUUUUAUCUACAAAGACUGUUCACUUUAUUUUUGUACUCAGUUUAUUGGUUUAUUGAAAGGUUUGAAUAGUGAAUGAAAAUGUUGAUGAAUGAGAUGGAAUUAUUUAACUUAUUUAUUUGAUAGGUAAAGUGUGUAUUUUCUGCGCCACUAGCGUCACCAAACAGAAUUGCUAAAAUAAUACGUUUUCCAUACAGAUAGUCUUUCCCCAAACUCUUUCCAAUGGUUGAGUCAAUGUUGCUCUGUUUGCAUGGUUGGGAUGCUCAAACAAACAGAGGAAUGUUUUGAUAGUACAACAGAGCCACAACAGUGUUGGAUUCAACCUACAAAUUGCUCACGAAUGGACCUACAAAAAGUGGGUUCAAUACAAGUUGUUUAAUCGACAGCAUUUGUGGCAUAAUGUUUAAUACCACCGAAAAUAAUUUCGACACGUCCUGUGUACUUAAAAACAAAACGCUGUUACAGUGCGGCACUUACAAUGGAAGUGAAAAGGGCCAGUCCAUAAACGUUAAAAUACACACUGUUUCAAAAGUAUAGCCACAAGAUGUAACAUUUUAGGUGUUAAAAUGAUUUACAUCCACAUAAAUCCAGAAACAUUUAAAAACUGCAUUUUCGUUUUUGAAACGCUCUCCGUCCACACUGCCAUUUUCAAGUGUUUUGCUUGUCCAUAUUGAAACAUAUAAAAACUCUUAAAUAUCCUUAUUGCGCAUGCAAAAAAUUGCCAUUCCAUGUACGGUCUGAAAAGCAAUUCCGUUACAAAAAAAUCUAGAGUUCUGGCAAACUAGCCAGAAACUUGCAACAAAUUUGCUGCAAGUUUGCCACACUAUUUUCACAUGAAAAUGAGCUUGUGAUUUGCCACAAAUGUUUGCCAGAAGUUUGCAGCUCUUCAUCGGUAGUGUCCAACCUGCAGCAAACCUUUGGCAACAAUGGACAAUUUGCCACAAGUUUGCCGCAAAUCUUAUUUGCAUGUGAAAAUGCUCAGUGGCGAAUUUGCGGCAAGUUUGCGGCAAAGUUGCAAUGAACUUUAGAUUUUUGUAAGGGUUGUCUUCUUGUUCCAGUGCCGGACAGCAAUUCCAAGUAAACUUCCCGUUGCCUUUUGAAGGAAUGUAAUUUGAAGGUUGUACAAAGUAACAUUUAACUUUAACAGUGCUAUCAAUGUGAAUAGCAAGCACAACAUGGGCAGCCAUCUUGAUUGUUUUUGGUUGAGUGGAUCACAUGACUGCGUCACAUGACAGCAUGUGUUUCUCCUGUCCACACUACAACGCGAAGACGGCAUUUUCAAAUGUAUCCACUUGAAAGAGUGUUUACGAAAAGCUUUGUUUUCGAUGUAAAAGAAAUUUUUCAGUGUGGACGGAAGGCCGAAACGUAGAGAAAAAGAAGUGUUUUCAAACUAAAACUUGGCCUUGUGUAAAGUUAUAUCCAAUAUUACAACUUUGCUGUCAUGACGAAUUAAUGUCGGUAAACUCUGUUUUAUUACACUAAAAUCAUGUAGUACAGAUAUUUUAUCACACUAAAAUACAUGUUAAAAUACAUGUUAACAUGGUGUAUAAUGUUUACAUUUUGUGUCUAUACUUUUGAAACUGUGUAUUUUGAUGUUUAUGGACUGGUCCCAUUUAAUUCCACUGUUUCUUACUGUAACCAAUUUUUUUAUUAUUAACGAGGGACGAGUAAAAAUUAUUUUCUGUGGUGAAUUGUAAUCAACAUUAUGUUACAAAUGCUGUCGAUUGAGCUUAACUUGUACUGAACCUGGAACAUUCCUUUAAGCUGGAAUGAGAGAAAGUAAUUUAAAAACAUUUUUAAUCUUUUUGUAUUAUUAUACUGUAUUUGUGUACAGUAUGUGUAUUAGUGGUAUCUGCCAUUAGGAAUUAUUUAUUAUAAAACAUUUUUUAUUUUAUUUUAUGUAUAUUUAGUAAAAAAUAUAAUUUUUUUUAUUUAUAAAAAAUUACAUGUUUAUUUAUUAUUUUUCUGUCAAAUUAAUAAAGCUUUAA